CCAGGUUUGCCUUUAAAUGUUAAAUUUGCGCUCUCUUUAAAUAAUAAGUUUUACCUUUUAUUUCUACCCAAGUUUGAACUGGAUGUCAAACCUCCUCCAUAUUUAGCAUUGGAUCAACGAGUAAUUCCUGUUUCAAUAUGCGCCAGGUAUAAUUACCACACAUAAUUGGACUGGGUGAAAUUUUUACCUAUAUAUCGACUCUAAUGAAUGCACCAAUAAUUUUAUUUAUUCAAAAGGCCACUAUGUCAUGGUUUUCAUUUUGCGAACAUUUAAGGAUUAAUUUAAAUUAACGAAUGUCCAAAUCCCAUGAACCAUGCAUGCAUGUAUUGUGCCUUAGACUGUAACUGUCUAUAGCUUGCCGAAUGUUUCAUUUGAAUGAAAUCUAUCCAAAUUAUUUUAAAAACUGAUUUAACAUACGAACACAGUCACGUGUAUUGCUUAAAAACUGCCGGUUCAAAAGGUCUGAAUUAAGAGAUGAUGACAACAGUGAAUCAACUUAGGUAAUUGAGAAAAAUUUACAAAUAUUUUACAUAAAAAUGUGCAACUUUCAAAUGGUCUACACAUAAAGGAGUAAUAAACAAUGGAUUUUUUUCAACAUCUUUAUACUAUGGGAAUAUCAUGGAUAGUAAUAGUAAUAAUAGUAGUAAAUAGUAUAUAUUUUCAUACCAAUUUCAUUUUCCAUACUAUCGAUAUAGUAUGCAAGUAGUACAGAAUAUACUAUGGACUUAGUGAUGCAAUCUCAAAUUCCGUAUUGCGAAUUUCACCAUUCCUUUUUCAUUGUAGGCCUGCAAAGUGCGGAUGGUCGCAUGAAAAGAAUGCGCCCUUUUUCUGGUCAAAUUUGAAAAACAAACAAUUGGAAGUUGAAAAUGGCCGAGCACACAAAACAUACAUUUUUCCAAAAAAUAUUCCUGGGGAAAGUUCCUCGAUCUGUUAUCAUUUUGGUCUGAAAGUAUUUUCAUCCAAAAACGCAUAUAUGAAAGGACACGUCUACAAUUUACUUACAGCAUAUUAGGAUGUUAGGGUUUGUAAUCCAAGUGAGAAUAUAUACAUUUUAAGACCUAACCAGGAACGACUGCAAAAAAUGCAGCACAAAUCCUCUGGUAGGAAUUGAACUUACGGCCCUGCGAUUCCUGUGCAGCGCUCUAACCAACUAGCUCAAUCGGUUAGAGCGCUGCACCGGAAUCGCAGGACCGUAGGUUCAAUUCCUACCAGAGGACCUUGUGCUGCAUUUUUCGCAGUCGUUCCUGGUUAGGUCUUAAAAUGUAUAUAUUCUAACUUGGAUUACAAACCCUAACAUCCUAAUAUUAAUUCCACCAAGUGAAGUGCAAGAAUCUAAGUUAUUCAAGUCCACCUACUUAUAGCAUACACUGUAUACAUAUUCAAAAUAUUCAUUAAUAAUUCACGAGAAAAAUACAAAAGAAAUGAAUGUUUAGUCAAUGUUUGUCAAUCGGAUAAACUUUACAUAAUCUUCAGCUUUGAUUUUCUUCGCCUAAGCAACGUUUAUUUUUAAAAUUACUUCGCCAAUGAACUUCUAAGAUGCAUGGGUCAUUUUUAAGUACCAUAUUCGCAUCCAAUCUGUAUCUGAUAUACAAACUUUCGCCUUCGGCUCGAGUUUGUCAUAUCAGAUACAGAUCGGCUGCUCAUGUUUUAUCUAGUACUUAUAGUUCGAAUCCGUUUUUCUUACAUUCUACCUAGUGCAUGAAUGUUCAAAAUGAUUUUCCAAUGAAAUUACACUUGUUAUCGAAGUAAUAACAAAAAAUCACACUGUACUAAAAAAUAAUAUGAUUUGAUUUUAGGUACUCCUAUGGAAAGUUGGUUACGGGAAAUUUGGAAGCGACCUUGUGUCUCAAAUAUGAUACGGUGGUACGAAAUUGUUUGACGGAAAUAAAAAAUGUAGGUAUCUUGAGCGCACACAUUAAGCGACCAUAACGUUUUGAGUGAAGCAGUGUACAGUACCUAUGCUUAAGAAUGUCGAUCGGGUAUUAGUUUAUGAACUGUAAUUCUAUUUCGAAAUGAAUUAAAAAUUAUGUUACGAAAUAGCCCAGAACAUCAAUUAAUUAAUAUUACAUAACCCGAAGGUUUACGAUUCACAAUGGCUUGAAUUAUCCUGCAGAUCGUACUGAUCUCUAAUGUAACACCUGAAACGGCAAAGGAGGUACACAUUAAAUAUAUAUAGUUGUGGUUGUUGCUCCAGUACUUCAUACAGCAGAUGUAAAAGUGUUUUUAUGAGUGCUAGUGGAAGAAAUGUAACCAUGAAAUUUCAUUGAUUGAGGAGUUAGAAAGCACGCAUGCAUUCAUGUUACACUGUGGCACCUUAAUUAAAUUGAUUGUACUAUAGUUGUACUGUAUAUAAUGCGAAACUGUUAUCGAAAUAAAAAUCUUAAUAUAUAUGCAUGUGAUGGGAAAUUAAAAUAGUUGUGACAAUCCGCUUUAAAUUUAUGUUGGAAGACAUUAUUCAGCGGGAGCGUAUGGGAGGAUUUAAUCGUCUGAGACGCGUGAAUUAAAGUAUUGUAAUGACGAAUAAAUAAUAACAUCGUCUGAAUCUCUUGUUAGACUGAUUUAGAUCAAAGACGCGGACGUCAAAAACGACGUGAAAAUGGCGUGGCAUAUCCAUACAUGGGCACAAUAUGCCAUUUUCACGUCGCCUUGGACGUCCGCGUCCUCGAUCCAAAUCAGUCUGUCUGUUUGUAUUAUCAGACAACCUAACUUCAACACACAGCGAUGGAAACAUCGUACAUAUAUACAUGAUUAUCAAAUCACUAUAGCCAUAUGUGUUUUUAUUUUUUGUCUUAUUUUCUAGUUUCCAGGGAACAGUCCUUUUCCUAUUUAAAUUAGUCGCCCUUAAUACGAGAAGUUUACUUCGUCCAGACGUUUAAGACAUCCUCUAAUGCAAAUACUGUCAAUUUAUUAUUAUACAGGUGACAGGAUGCGUAGAGAUUAAUGCAAGAGAAUUAGUUGACCCUGUGACAGAAUGGCUUUCUGUAAGAAAUAAAUGCUAUCUACAAAUUCAAGCCACAUUUACUGAAACGUCUACUGGAGUUAAACUGAAAGAAAACGCUCGAAGUUCUUAUAUGGUCAAAAAAUCCAAAACCAUGUCAUUUACUAACAUUCCGCAAAAGUUCAAACCUGGAUUUCCUGUUACUUUUAAGGUAUCGAAAUUGAAUCAUAUUCCAUAUGCUCUUCAGAUCAUUGUUGAACAUUUCAGAAAAAAAAUUAAAAAAACAUUUUUCUUUUAAAUCGGUCAACUCUGCCAGCAGAUCGAUAGGGUGUCAAUGGAUAAACUGCUUGCGCCUACUAUACUAACAUCAUAGUGAACGAACUCGAAUACUUAAUUACAAAACCCCUACCUCAUCUGCAAUUUUAAAAUUCUAUACGGUUGUUACAGUGUGUUAAGCCCGUUCUCAUGCACUAGGCAAAUUUGUUCGCGCAAACAGUGAAAAAGUAGGAACUGAUCCAACUUUUUCGCGGCAAAUUUUCUUGCUGACCAAUCACAUUGCGAAGAUUUGUUUUUCGGUUCGCUUCGCGUGAAAAAUUUCGCGUUAAAAUACAACUUACGGAAGAAAUAUUUUCUAAUGGAAUAAACCACUGAAAAUGAUUUUAUGAAAGCUGUAGAUCCUCCACCAAAGAAACAGGCUUCUGUUGUCUAUUAAUUUACUUUCCCGCUUUUUAAGGGGACAAGUAAAUCAAUAAACGAGAGAAGCCUGUUCCUAUAUUCUAUAUUUAUACUAUAUUUUCCGUUGAAAUUAUUUCCCUCUUGUAAUACCAUAUAUAAGAAUUUAAAAAUUCUUAUAUAGUGACAAAACAUGAAGAUGUCUGAUAUACAGUAUAACAAAAGUGAAAUAACAUUCUCAUUCCAGCGAUUCUCAAAUAUAAGAGCUUAUUAAUUCAUGUGAACACUUGAGUAAUUCCAAUUCAAUAUUGAUUUUCCAUUUAUUAGCCAAGCUCCUAGGUCUGAAAUACUGUUUUUCACCAGUAGUAUAACUAUUGAUAAGUCUAGAGCCUGCAUGGCCGUUGCUAUUAUAAAUGGAAGCUUUGUACUAAGCCAACUCUUAUAGCCACUUCUUAUUAUUAAAGCGUCAAAGGAACUGAUUAACUUACAAUUCAAGUACGUGCAUUGGCAUAUUCCUUAUCACCUACGAAAUGUUAUAUCACAUGCGCUAGUACGUACUUGUGCAUACACCUAGUGUACAACUUGUAAAAUUUAAAUGCAAAGUAUUAAGCAUUAUUAUCAGUUUAAUAUGGCUAAUUUGUCCUUGCCACAAGUAAUUUUUCAUGACAGUAAAUGUUGCGACAGUUCAUGCAUCAUGUUUUUAGUCGCUGAAACAUGUUUUUAGUCCUAGUUUUCACCUUGUCGAGAGAAUGACUAAAAAUUUUUCGAGAUGAUAUCUCUACAAUUGACAGAGUUAUUCUUUCCUUCAAGAUUAGAAUCAAUCAUCUGGAUGGAAAACCUGUGACUACUGGCAGACUUACACUUGAAGUCUCUGGACAUCGCCUUAAUAAAUGGUGGCCUGGAACUUUAUUUCGGCAAACAUAUUCUGUUAGGAAUGGUUUGAUACCUGUCGUUGUCAGCUAUGUACCGAUUGACACGUAUACUCUCAAUUUUAAGGUAAGAAUUUGUUUUAUUGAUUACUGUACCAACUGGUUUUCAUCAUGUGCAUGUCCUGAGAAAACGCUUUUGACAUUUGAAACAUUUGUUUGUUAUAAAUGUCAGAGCAUUCUUGUCCACUUAUAGUAUCUUGAACUAGCUCAUGAAUCCCUUUGGCUAUUCUGCUCCCCAAAUUUCAUUCAGGGUCCAUUGAACCCUUUCUCCCCACCAAUCAAAUCUUUUGUUCAACAAUCACCUUCAUAAUAAUUUGCUUUAUUGUUUUCUUUCAAACAUUUUAGGCCAACUACAAUUCCGGUCAGCUAGAGAAGAGUAAAUCUUCUAAAGCUUUGUAUUCCCCAAGUUUGUCUUAUCUGACAUUGGUUUUACCUGAGAAUGCAACAGCAAAGGUAAAAAAAUUAUAUCCCAUUACCUGCUUACUCGGUAAUCUCACAAUAGCAGAUUGAUAUAGGAGUGUUCAUGCACAAUAUUAUUUGACUCCUCUAAAUAUUUUAUUUUAUUUCAAAAUAUUCACUUACGAGAUAGAAGGCAGUUUCCAGCUUCUAGUCUUUAUAUUAAUUUCUUUUAGGUUGGGAGUCAAGGAUCUGUGAAUGUUUUGUAUACCGUUCACAAUGAUAAGCUGGAAGAGAUUCCCUUUCACUAUAAGGUAUUGUUGUUUCGAUUAUGUUCAGGCGCAAGAUGCUAAAGAGUGCUCUAUAUCAUAUGGAUGGAGCGCGAUAGUGUAGUUUUUAUGCAAAACAAAUAUUGUAUGAAAAGUUACUUUUUGACAUUAUUUAGACACCGCGUGUACAUUUUGGUUGCCAGCCGCUUUAUUUCUUUUCUAUUGGUAUCAAUUCUAAUCGUCGGGUCCAAGUUGGAAAAACUACGAAAGCAAAUUAACGGGAAUAAAUUAUUGAACCGAAAGUUUGUCGUUUCAUAUCUAUCUCCUGAAUUUCUAUACAAUUUAGGUGGUUAUAAAUCAAGAGUUUUAUCGUAUCUUAUAUUUACAUAGACAAUUUAGGGCAGAAUUGUGCAACAUUUAAAUCCAUGCGUUUCCUUGCACAUAUAAAUAAACUGAUUUAAAAGAGAGCGAGAACCAUUUAAAAAAUAAACCGAGAAUCAUUUAAAAUAAAAAUCUAGUUUAUGAAGUUCCAACUAGACCAAUAACCCCUCUGGAGCUAUAAUUUUCUCGUCUUUUUUUACUUCAUUAUGUUAAACGACUUCUAUGUCAGCUAUCUGUAUGAGAUUUUACUUUUCACUAAUUUGAGAUGCAUGGUGAAUGACAGUUCCCGAUCGGUGUCCAUUAAUUUCAUCCCAUUCCAUAAUUUCGUUCCCAGUGGAAAUUCGUACUUCCGGGUGGGAGAUUCCUAGUAUACCCCCCCCCCCCCAUUUAUGAAAUCUUCGCCUGCCUCCCUUUAGAAACGUCGCCUUUUUUGCACACAAACUAUAUAUUUGUAUAUCCUAGUCUUUGACCUCUUUAUUAAUUCUCUUUUUAGAUUCUGUGUAAAGGGAAUCUGAUACUAUCUGGUGUCAGCAAAGUCGCUCGGGAUAGACGUCUCAGCUCGAAUAGAAACCAAAGAUCUUUUACUUAUAAUGGUAGAACCAUACAAAGAGCAAGUGUCAACAAAUUUGAACUUAAGUUCAACGUUACCCAGGAUAUGGUUCCCAGCUGUAGAAUUCUGGUCUACUAUAUCAAGAAGGAUAAAGAGACCGUUGGUGACAGUAUUGUGUUUGACGUUGAAGACAAGCUUGAAAAUCAGGUAAGAACUUUUAAAGUUAAAUAUACUUUUCCUUGCUUCUCAGCUUUGAAGAAUUAAAUUUGAUCUCUCGUAGAAUUAGGUUCAUGAGCGAACGUUUCGACGUUUCAAACUGGUAUCGUUGUUAAAGUAGGUCAAAAUCCGGCGCUUGUCCCCAAGAUCAUGUUGUAAUUUUUCCCCUACAUCCCAUUAGUACUUAGUUACUUACUUAACACGAGUGUGACAUCUUUGAUAGCUUGCUGGCAGUAGCCAGGGCCGUAUAUCUAGGCGCGAUAAUUCGCGUGUGUAUAUUCAUAUUUUCAUGUUUACAUGCCUUAAAAGCAAUUGCUUACAAUAGAAAUCGGUCGAACAAAACACGAAUGGCUAUAUAGGCCCUGGCAAUAGUCUGUCAUAAGAAGAUUGAGCAUAAAUUUCAUUGUCUUGAAUUAAUUAAACUGAAACUGGAAAUUUGCCAUUACUCAGAGACUAACUCAUAGAUUCGCUAAAUUGAUAUUAAUAGGCAGGGUGAAAGAAUAAUUGAAAAAGCGUUUUCUAAUUAUUAUAAGAAAAACAGGAGGUCAAUUCCCUGCUUUAAACGCCUUUGUUAGGUCACGAUCAUGUGACAUUCAAUCUAACAAUCUAAUACAUAGGCAGACGACGUGCCGACAUUUAAAGUGCCUAUGUCACUUGUGGGAACAUUAUGGAUUUGAGAAGAGCGUAAAAAUUUAGUUAAUAAGAUCUAAAGCUAGCUGUUUUUGAUUUGGUGCAAUAGUUUUGAGGAUAUAAGCCUUUAAACAACGGACUGUUCUUGAGUCCAGUCUUCUGGGGUCCAACCAUUGCUAUUGAAUUUUGCCAUUUUUAUAACUGUCCAUUGUGCGUAGGGGGCCUGAAACUGUAGGUAUUUUAGAGACCUAUAUCUUCGAAAUUAUUGCACAAAAUCAAAAAUGUUCUGAACUUGUUAACUAACAUUUUACGCUAUUUUCAAAUCCAUAAUGUUCCCUCAAGUGAUAUAGCAACUUAAAAAAAUAGACAUUGGUUUGGUUUACCAUUUCAAUAUAUUGUCUCUUUCAGUUACUAUAAUUAUUUAUCCUGAAUUUAUCGCCUAAACUUAUAAGUUGACGGUAAACAUGUUCAAUUACUUUUCGUUCAUUACAUGGAUACAGCGUGCAUGCACGAUGAUGAUAAUAGAGCUAUGGAUAUAUUAGCACCAAAAUAGUCUGGUUUCCAAGUCACCAUUAACGAAAGUUGGACAAUGAAAUAUAUGAAAGUAAUUAUUUUGCUAAAGAAGGAUUCUCUCUAUAGGUAUCGGUUGAUUUUGUUGAGACGUAUAAAAGGCCUGGUCGGAAAACGAAGAUCGUAAUGAAAGCAAAACCUGGAUCUCGUGUAGCAAUUUCUGCACUUGAUAAAAGUGUUCUAUUGCUGAGAGAUUCUGAAGAUGUGACGAAAGAAGAGGUGUGUGAUUAAAUGUUUAUUAUCGCGGUAUAAUUUAGACCAUAGAUAGCUUUCUGACCGAGUCAAAAUGCUCUAUUAGGAAGCAUCCGGCAACCGCCUUAUGAUCAUUGUGUGCAUGAACAGCGCCUUUUUUUUUUUGGGGGGGGGGGUCCAUAAUCUCAGAUGCAUCACCAAGGUUCCUUUUAUUAAACACCAAUCGGAAGGGUAAUUUCUCGUCCUGUUUAGUAAAAUUCUCACUAAUAUACGUACCUCAAUCUGCCUUAUAAAUGUUAUGCCUUGCUUCGCUCAAGUAUGUUCAAGUGUCAUGAAUAGUUUUUUUGGCAACCAGUGUAGUUAUCAACAUCUGUGAUUCUUCACCCUUCAAAAGAAGUUAUAUAUGUAAAGGGAUUGAAACCAAGUAAUACACUAGACUAUGCCAUACAAUAUUGACAAAACUAAUUAACUUAAUAAACAUUAAUUCUUGAAAACUCAAGCAGUUAUUUCGAAUUUUUCUCCUUCCUUGUUGUGUCGUUAACUAGCAUAGCAGGCGUGCCAACGUUGAGUCGAGCUAGCGUUAAGAACAGCGUUAAAGCCAGGGUGACAUCAGCAACAACGGACACCGGUGAGGUUGCCUUGCAACACCAUACCAACCAGUGUCGUAAAACACGUUGGUUUAAAAUGUAAUAACAGUUCUAGAUUUUCAUAUCCAUCUCUAGGUAAUGAGUAUUCUUAAUCGACAAGACAUUGGUCCAAUGAACUCUCGUCGCUAUUCAAAAUGUAAAUCCCCUUCAAGAAUGCCUCUUGAAACAGAUGUUUCGGAAAUAUUUAACGUAAGUAUGAAAAUAAUAUUUCUUUUUGACCAUUAUUUUGUUUCGCUGAAUGGUGUUUUAUAGUCUGUAUGGGCAAGUGACAUUCAUUAUCUUCCACCCACUGUAGUCGCGGAUACUCCACCCAGCAGUACUAAAAAUUUCCUUUGUAGGCACAUCAUCUACCACUGGAAAGCUUGAUCGUCCAAUAGUGGACAGGCUACUAUCAUUAAUUUAUUCUGCCAUUUUUUUGUGUACUGCCUUUCCCACGUUUGAGAGCCACCGAACCAUGAAAUACAACCUUUUAUUAUUGUAGUUGUUUGUAUACUGGUACCUUUACAGUUAUAUUUUUGAAAAGUCAUUUUUUACGUUGUUUAAAGUGUCUUGAAUCUUCCACUAGGUGACGAAUGCUAAUUGCAUGGGUUCUUUCCAAAUACUGCGAUCAUUAGCUGAGCUCAAAAAUAGACAUGACCAAUUUGGUUCUAGCUAAUUAUAUAUGGUUGUAAAAUUUCUGUGAGCCCUUCAUUAGCGAAUUUUCUGUUUCAAGUACUUUAUCUAAAUAUAAGCAAUUUUGUGAAAUAUGCGUGUCUGUUUUGUUUAGAAAAGAAGAGAAGUAAUUGCACACAGUAUACUGCAUAGAGUGCGCUAUUGCAUGUAAAUUAUUAUUUAUUUAAAAAAUUCGUUUUUUUCUGAUUGGCUAACAGCGAACUGUGAAAUUGUCAUAUCAACUCAAUGGCUAACCAAAUACGGAUUUUUCACAUUCAUAAUAGCAAAAUGACGUCAAAGAGUCAAUAUGAAAAAAAUUUGGACGCGUUUGCGCGAUAUUGCUAUGACAACGAGAAUCAUAUUGACUCGCUGACGCCAUUGCUAUGACGACGACGGCUGCCGAUGGACUAAGGAAUUGUUUUUUCAGUCUUAAUACAAAUAAAAUACAAAUGGCUUCUUCUACUGAAAGGUUUGCAAACCUUGCCAAAGCCGAAAUUCAAAAAUUUCUGUAAGAUAAAGAUUCGUUAAAUACAAAAAGAUCAACAAAAGCUUCUAGAAUAGGUAAGAACACUCAGUUUCCUAAUUUUUUUCCUUAUUUAUAACGUGAGGUGAGCAAAGAAAUAGAUGACCGUUUGUUUUGAAUUUUUAAAAUAAAUAAUAAAACAAUUAUUGAAUUCGGUUUUCGCACAAUAUGAAGAAUUACCAAGCCCUCAGUUUGCCGUUAUCAACCUCAGCCUUCGGCUUUGGUUGAUAACGCAAACUUCGGGCUGGAUAAUAAUUCUUCAUAUUGUGCUCAACCUCAUUCAAUAAUUGUUAAAUGUUAAACAUUAGCGUUAUAAAUGGCUAACAGCGGAAAUAUAGUAAAAAAUAUAGAAUGCAUGUUUUAAUUAUAUUAACUUAGUGUGCCAUUUGCCAACAUUGCUGGGAAGCCGAUACACAUAUGUUGCACAAUAUUUAAGCAGGUCCGCAAAAUGAACAUGUUCUUGAUGUGCCUGCACAACCACGUUCCCAGGGCUUUCGUGUAAAGACGAGCGGGGAGAAGAGAAAGCCAUCGUCUGGCCCGGUCACGUAAUAUGGGCAUAUUUGACAGAUACUCGUCAAGGAGGGGCGAUUUAUUCUGACUGAACUAUACUGGCUUCCGAAACAAAAACUGCUGAACACCCAAGACACUUCUCAAUCGAUCGAUAUUAUUUACGAAUCAGCUGAAAUAUCUGAAGACACCGUCGAUGUUUUCUUCGAUAUACCGAUAUUUCUGGUGAUUUUCAAUUACAGUGACAGGCAGAGGCGCAACUGUUUGCCUUCAUUAGUUUGCGUUUCAAAUUUGCUUUCUCUAGUCUCCAAUAAUAUGGCUUUGCUGCUUCUGGUGUUAGUCUGAGUGUAUUUCCACACCGGGCAGGCUUGACUAUACCUGGCAGCGGUCGGAAUCAAACCUACGAACUUUGGAAUACCAGUCCAAUGCUCCGCGAGCUGAGCUACGCGGUCAGGUCGGUUCGAGUAUGUGAUAUUUCGAAACUGAGGGUAGUUCCUUCGAUAUCAGUGUAAUGUAAUAAUCAUGAUAUUUGCUAUGUUAUUUCCUAACAUAGCAAAUAUCAAUAUGGUUUUGCGUUUGAAAUUUAGUUUAAAUGUGCUCUUAGUCUUAGAUUUAGUUCGAUAUACAGUAGAGAACACUAAUAUAAAACCUCCCAUAACCUGUUUACGCUGUACAGGAAAUACAGCUGGGCCUACUUAUUAUUUCGAGACCAACACUUACAGUUUGUAACGAUAGUAGGAUAUCCUUGUGGGUUCCCUGUGACACUCGGCCAGGGGAAUGGAGAUAGAACAAUACGGCGGACAGUCAGAAUUUUAUCCACGAGCCGACGGCGCGAAGCGCCGUGCGAGGGUAGUAAUUCCACCCGGCUAUUUACACCCGGCGAAAGGAACACUAAAGUUCAUCAAAUAUCGUGGGCGCAUGGCCACCGUUCAUCGUUCAUGGGUGGUCAUCCUCACUGAUCACAAAAUAUAUAGCGGACUGUCGUGAAUAGUGAACACUGAUUGGUCAAAUUUGAAAUGUGCAUUAUAACGACUGCAUUGACGACAGCGAAAUAACGAACAUUUCUUGCAAUUAAGUUGUAUUUUUACAAGAUUUUGUAAAUUUCAAAACCCUUCUGAAAGCCAAAAAACGUCUAAAAACGUCUGAAAGAAUAGAGCAAAGUCGCGGACUUUAAUGAAGGCAAGUUUGUUUUAAAUAUUGAUGUAUUGUUUGUUUUAUAAUUGAUAUAUUUAUAACUGAUAGUGGUGGGCGAUACUUCGAAUAUCAAACUGAUAGUUAAUAGCGAUACUAUCAUUGCGUAUAUAUAAAGUGAAAAAAGAAACACCACCUACAGCAUAUAAUUUCAGUGUAGUUUUAUUAAUUACCCUUUCUUUUGUAUAUUAAAGUAUUUAAAUAAAGAGGAAAGCAAAGUUAUUUUUAUGCGAGAAUUUGAAAUUAGUUUAUUCCAAACUCAAUGUUUACCGAUAAUUCGAUAAAAGACCGAUUAGUUUUAAGAACAUUUUAAAACGUUGUGCGAAUCGUUUGUGGUUGAAUUUUACAUGAAAUUGAAGCUUAUGUUACGCAUAAUAGCAUACCUAGCAUAAAUAUCUUUGGAAAAUUGAUAAUUUUGUUAUUAAAAGCGAUAUUUUGGGGGGAUUUCUCAAUUUUUGCUAGAAAUUACAUGCAUGCAAAAAACCUUCGCUUUACUGACAAAACAUUAUGUUUUCUGAAUAUGAAAGUAGUUGUCAUGGUAACACUAUUUUAAGAAUAAUUUUACUAGAAAUUCAUCCAUGCAGUACCUCCUCGCCGAUAUUUUCCAAACAUUGAUGAAUCUUGAAAUUGAUGAAUCUUUAAAUUGGCAAGUACAUAUUGAAACCAUUUGUAAGAAGAUAAGUGCAGGUCUUGGGGCGUUAAAGCGGAUUCGAACUUUUGAACCCCAAAACACAUUGAUCCUGAUGUAUAAAGCCUUAGUGUUACCUUACUCAGACUAUUGUAGUGAGGUUUGGGGCUGCCUAGGUAAAACCCUCUCUGAAAAACUCCAAAAACUGCAAAACAGAGCCGGUAGGAUAACCUCACGAGUUGUAAACUUCACGUACGCGUGUUCGUCAAGAUAUAUAGGAAAACAGAAAUGUAUAGUUUACAAAGAAAGAAAAAUAUGCUACCAGGAACACCAAAGGUUGUUAAAUGUUCAGUUAGGCAAAGGCUUGAAACUGAUUGUGGUCUUUGCUCGAGAUACCCUUCUAUGAAGGAGUGUUUGCCAAUAUUAGCAUGUAAAAGAGAUAUACAAGUGCAUCUCCGGCGUUUAAACUUAUGUAGACAAGCAGUAGCAUCAGAAGGCGAUCUUAUUCUAUUAAGAUCGGGCAUAUUUGGUAGCAACGGGGAGGGGUUAACAGUAUGUCCACGACACAGAGAGAAUCUUGGUCUUUCCUGGCUCCCAAAACGUGGGUGCGCACACCCUCUUCACGGAUCCUCGAAGGCAAAACCAGAGAGGGGUGUUACAAAGAAAAUGUCAAUGGAAAUUAAUGACAUUUGGGAAAGGUUUGUUUCAGUUGGUUCUGGUAAGUGAUCUUUUCAAUUUGUCGUAAAUUAAUAUAAAUUAUAAUUAUUAAUUUUUGCAGCAUAUAAUUGCACGGGUAAAAUGAAUUCAAAGAAUUGUUGAUAGUUCCCACUAAUUAAGUCUAGAAUGGUGCAGCUUGAACGCCAUAAGGAAGUGAGAGCAUCCAACCUGGUUAUAAUUACAUGAUUGUUAGGACAUGCGAAGUACGAAAAAAAAGAUAGAUUAAAGAAAAAUAUAAAUAGUCUUUAUUUCGGCUACGCUCACAGCAGUCCAUGGGAUUGGCGCUCUAGUGGUAGAGAUUCCAACUACUGCGUGCCGUAUGCUCUGGAGUCUGGUUCGAUACGUGGUAAAAACGUUUUAUUCGCUUUUUUGUAAUUUUUACUAAAGUCUAAAACAACAUAAUUAUAUCCCAGUGAACUUCCAGUAGUUUACCAAUAGCAACAAGUGCUCGACAUCUAACUUACAAACACCAGCACUCUUACUAAGGCGUAAAAAAAAUACCUGUGGUUCCGGUUUCAUAUCGCAAAAAAAUUAGGGUCGGUAGGUCGGAAAUAAUUUUUUUUUUAAUAUUUUUUUUCAUGGUUUUUUCAAUAAUUAGUGUGACAACAGACGCCAUUUUGGCAGCAACCCGCAACUACCCGGAGAAAAUAUGGUCGCACGGUCAAUCCAGUUGAAAAAAUAAUAGGGUCGGCAGAAAAAAAUAGGGUCGGUCGAGAACCGGAACCACAGAUAUUUUUUUUACGCCUAACUGAUAUUUUGUGGUCUAAAGGAUAUAUUUUCAAAAGUUUAGGAAUAUAGGUUUUAUAAUGAUAUUCGUAAUUAAAUAAUUUUGACUAAUAAUAAACACCAUAAGAUUUUAUGCAUUCACAUAAUAGGUAUAUGCAGACUAUGCAGAGAAAAGCAUAAUGAAGAAGUUAAUAAGAAGGUCGAAGGAUCAACACUGGAUACAGACGAGGAGGUAACGUGUUUCGAAUAAACAAAUACAGCAGUUUUUUACUUUUACAAAGUAACAUUCAUAUUCAAGACUGGACCUGGGUCCAUAGGCAUAGACGAAUUUCCAGGGGGGGAGGGAGUACAGUAAGUGAUGAUGCGCCGCCAAGCAAGCUGCAGUAGGCAUCUGCGACCACAGUCACUAGCAAAUUCAAGCUUAACAAAGCAUUACCAAUAGUUUCCUAUUAAAAGGAAACGAACUUGUGGUUAUUUUCAUAUUCAGACAUUUAAAGAAGAAAAAUGUGAAGAAUCUUAUUCAGCAAACACAAUGACUAUGGAUGUGGAAAACUGCAAAAAGGUAUCAUUGAUAUAUUUAGAAAUUUAUUAGUGAAUUAUGAUCGAUCAAAAGAACAGUUGGUUUAUCCAUUAACCCAUUUGCUUGCUCUGACGGCUCUGUAUACAGUAUAUGAAUAUAUCAAAGAUACAUAAACAAUUUCGGAAACAAUGUCGUUUUAAGUUUCAAUUUGGUAUCUUUUGUCAGCGUUCUUCCGCAAGUGCAACAACGACAACGAUUGUGAACACAUGUAAAAUCCAUUUUGAAGAUAGUUUUCGGUCUAACGAUGACUCAGUUAUCAGCCUUGACAGUGGACCAGAAUAUUCCCCUACACCUCAAAAAGGUCACCAACUUGUUUCUAUAAACAACUUGAUCAGAAGGGUUCAUGGACGAGAUGUGAGUCCUAUCAGAGCACAACUCCGUUCCCCAAUUAGAGACGUCUCGCAAAGUACCACUCGAUACUACAAAAGGAAAUCAUUACAAACUUGUAUUGCUACCUUAGAAUGCAUCGCACCGGGUCAGUCUAAUGAACUCUUUGAGAUAAUUUCCAUCGACAAAUUUGAACGAAAUACAGUUGCUCCCGAGAAAGAAGUUGUCCAGAAGCUUGUAGCCUUGUACCAAGACACAAGUUCGAGGACCACUCGUUUGGAAAUCCUCUCAAUAUUUUCCCAAGAUUACUCAAAAUCACAACUCAAGCAAAUGAUGCCAGGAAUAAUUACGUGGCGAAUAGAAAACAUGCAGCACUUUAUGGAGCAGGAACGGCGAAGAGAUACCUAAAACAUAUCGAACACGUUUGAAUCCAGCAAAAGUUGAUCAUUUUAUUGAUUUCAUCUCUCAACCACAUUUUCUACAAGAUGUUGCAUUCGGCACUAGGACUCUAAAACUCUCGAAUGGAACAACAAUGGAAAUUCCAAACGUCGUAAGAACAGUUACAUCUUCGAGAUUAGUAGACCUUUAUAUUGCAACUUGCAAGGAAAACGAUUUUGAAUACUUAGGGAAGUCAACUUUAUUCAGUAUUUCAAAGGUAUUUACACAAAAUAUUGUUCAUCUUUCUUUUUUCUCUCGCCUUCUUUUGUUUUUCUGUGAAUAUUAUUGGAAAAAAAAUUUUGUUUCUCUUUAAAAGGCCUGUGCUGCAUCAAAGCAGAAAUGUCUUUCUGGACUUGACAGCAUUACAACUGAAGGAAGCUCUGCAAUUGAAUCAUUAAAAGAAAUCGUCAUUACGCUGGGAAAACACUGUAAAUGAAAACUACUUUAAAGUGAUUUGAUUGAGAUGAAAUUAAAAAGACAUAAUGAGAGAAGGGGAGCGGGGAAAAAAGAGAGAAAACUCAAAAUACUCCAAUACACAAAAAGCGCAUAAAAAAUUAACAAACAAGCAAUAGACAGAAAGUUAGAUACACAAACAAGAAGGAACUGCAAUAGAAACAAGGAAGAUCAAAUAAAGAAACCAAUAUACAAUAAUGAAGAAUUUUUUUUUUGGGGGGGGAGUGAACAAAAGAAAGAAGUAGGAAAACAGAGGUAGAUGCAGAAGAGAUUUAAGACUUGAAACAUCAGCAAAUUCUAUUUCUUUAUCUAAGGUAUGUCAGCGUCAUGGGUUAAAGAAACUCAAGAAAGCCUGUGUCAAAUCAGGCACUACCUGAAGUCAGAUUUCAAGAUACAUAUCAGUCUUGAAAACCAAUGUGCAGAUCAUUAUUGUCGCACAUAUGCUCUAUCGGAUUCUACGUUGGAAUACAAGAAGAAAUGCUUUCACAAGCACAACAUGACAUGUGAUCGCUGUGACAUGUCAAAGACACAUUGUCUGCUAUAAGAACUGCUGUAUCAUCAAAGAGUGUAACAAUGAGGUUAGUAUCCUUUUACGUGAACAUUUUUCACUGGCGAAAUAGUUUAAAGCAUGGGGUUGUAAAUUAUUAUUUGCAUAUUUUUACAAUUAUCAUGGUUAGUUGAUUGUUUGAGUACGGAUUUGUCUUUAAAGUGAAGAAACCAAUGAGGAGACAGUGCAUGACUUAGAUGCCGCAGUCCAAAAGAUUCAGUUUUGGAAAGAACACAUACACCAGGAUAUACAGCAAAGAACAUUAUUCUUGAAGAAAUGAAGCCCAAUCAAGUGCUAAUUAUUAUGGACUGGGCAAUGCAAUUUUUGCCUGUAAGUUAUAGAGAAACACAGUCCGAAUGGUUUGGGAAGAAAGGUCGUCCAUGGCAUGUUUGUGCCGCAAUAUUCAAGAAACCAGAUGAAGAUUUUGAGGAAUAAGUAUGUCCUGUUUUUGUGUUUUCAAUUUGCACAGAGCUUAGUUGGCAACAGAGUUUCAUCAGUUUGACACACGAGAAAAUUUGAGUUUAAAUAUUUUUUCUUUGCAAGAAUAGGUCAAAACAUUUUUCCAUUUGUUCGACAAUUGCACGCAAGAUUGGUUCUCAGUGGCAUCGAUUAUCGCAGAUGUCUUGUCAAAUUUAAAAGAAAGCUAUCCCGAAAUUUCCGAAGCAUUUCUUAGAUCCGAUAAUGCAGGAUGUUAUCACUGUUGCUCCGUUAAUGCUUUCUAUUCCAGGGAUUUCCAAACGAACUGGGAUUGAAAUUAGGCGGUACGACUUCAGUGAUGCACAACCUGGAAAAGAUAUCUGUGACAGACGAAUAGCAUGCGUGAAAAGCCACAUACGCCAUUUUUUAAAUGAAGGGAACAACAUCAACACUGCAUCUGAUAUGAAGAAAGCUCUUGAUUCCUACGGCGGCGUCAAAGGGUGCAGAGCUUCGGUGGUUAGUAUCAGCAGAACCAAACAGCAAAUCGCAAAGCACAAGUGGACAGGAAUAACACUGUUCAACAACUUUGAAUUUCUGAAAUCAGGAAUUAAAGUGUGGAAGGCGUACAAAAUUGGCAAAGGAAAGUUGAUCAAGAAAGCAGAUAUUAAGCAGAUGGCAUGUACUCAAGGAGCAACAGGUUUAAUAUCACAAGAAUCGUACACUAUCUCGGAAAAUGAUAAGGGUUUGCUCUAGAGGUGUGCGUCAGAUCGGAUUGACCUCUCUCAAUCCGAUGGUUUGUCUAAGUUCUCAAUCCGAAUCCGAUCCGAUCCGAAGAUGAAAAAAGUAAUCCGAUCCGAUCCGAUCCGAAACAAUGUUUAUAAAAUCCGAUCCGAUCCGAUGCUAAAAUUCGUAAUCCGAUCCGAUCCGAACUUAAGUUGUGUACGCUGUACAGCGUGCGUUAAUUAUUAUGAACGUAUUUUUUCAUGAUCAUAAACGAUAUAUUGGAAAUAAUGAAUUUCUAGCAAAAAUAAACAGAUACGAAUCCGAUAAAAAUUGCAGGGCGAUAUCAUCAGGGCGAUACGAUUUGAAUAGCCGAGGCCCGAGGGGAGAUUGGGUGGCAUAAUGGCAUUCGUUAUUCGCGAUUUCGCGAGCGAGCAAAACGUUACUUUGACUUUGUAGUUUGUAUGGACUAUAUGGAUUAUGGAAUUACUUUUAUGCUCAAAUCCAUUGUGAAUUCUGAUGCCAUUUGUAACGUAAAAAGUGGAAUACAGCUGCAGAAUAUAGAACUUUCUCAAUUUGUAAAAAUAUUCGAAUAAUUCGACGUGAUACAAGAAAAAUCAAAUCCGAACCGAUCCGACAAAAAACCUGCAAAAUCCGAUCCGAUCCGACAGAAACAAAACGAAAUCCGAUCCGAUCCGAGUAAUUUACUGUCCGAAUCCGAUCGGAUCGGAUUCGGAUUCGGAUCGGAUUCGCACACCUCUACUCCCUAAUGUCAAUUCUGUAACUUUGGCAAGCAUUACAGGCAGCUUAGGACAAAUGAAAACCACCUAUUGUAAUUCAUCAGGGAAUAUCGCAGGUAGUCAUGAUAAAUAAAAAAAAUUGUUCUGUUGCGGUGGGAGUCACAGACACUCUGCGAUAUUAAAACAAAUGAAAACCCUCGCCGGUGGAUCCAGCAAGGUUUUUCUAGGGGGGUGCUGGGUGAGCAGCCGACUGUUCCUUUAUAAUUCUUUAGGGGGUUGUGCCAUAUUUCUAAAUUUGAUUUUUUUGCACCCCCCUUGUACCCCUGUUGACCAAAGCCAACAGGGGUGCGCACCCCCUGUGCACACUGGAUGGAACCCUGAGUUCUAAUUCCAUCCGGAACUGACAGAAGCUGCAUGGCUGGAAUCAGAACUUUGUCUUAUUAGGCAGAUAUAAUAUUAAGUGUUUUUACUGAUGGGCAUCAACCAUAUAUUUAACUGAUGGCAUUACUUGACAUGCAAACUGCAUAAGAAACAAAAGCAGACCAUAUCUAGGUUUCUUAAAAGUCAAAUGCUUAAAUGUUCAAAUGAACCAAUUUAGCUAUUAAAAUAAAUGUACAAUUAUAACAAUGGUAUGACAAUUAGCGUUUUCAGUAGAAGAGUUUAUUAAUGGUUGAGCUGCAAUCGGAAUUUGCCUGAUUAUUGAAUUAUUAGUAGACAAUCAGAAUCCGUAAAGGUUCCCAUAUAUAUUUUGCAAUUGUGCAUAAUAACCGAUUAAAAGUAAAAAAUAAGUAAAAAUAAUCGUUUUAUCAAUUUGCCAAGCUGAAGAAUAUUGAAUUCUCUUCCGCAAAGACAGGAACUGCUUUAGUGUGUUGAAAUUUAUUUUCUCUAAUUGUCAGUAACAAAAUGACUUAAGUCAUUAAGUGAUGCAUUAAAUGAUAUUUUUACCAGGUUAUUUUGGCAGGAAAGCCCGAUUUAUUCCAAUUUGCGUGCAAAAUGAAUGACGUCAUUCGACCGGUUUUAAUGACAAAGUAGGGUGCAUUAGGGCGCAAUGCAACUGAAUGAGUUAAUGUGGAGUUAUGAGCUUGGAAAUCAGGGGCUUGUUGUUAAUUAUAGUUAGUGAUCAAUCAGAAUGGUGCAUUUUAGGGUUUACUACAACAAUUUAGCCACGAAACAGGUAGUUAAAAAGUAGGAGUUUUAUACAACUGGCCCCAGGGGAGGUUAUGACGAAGGAAUAGUAAUUGGUCGCCAUUUGUGGAGAGAAGGCGCACAUGAUGCUCUUCGAAGACGUCACCAGCUUGGAAAAAAAGGUGCUCUGAAUAAACAGGUGAUGCUGGACAUAACAAUUAGUCUGGGAAUAUUAAUUUCUUCCUUCCAGAAGUUUGAAGGAUCUUUGCUUUGUUCAAUGGUGGGAAUGGCAACUUCUGUCAACUUCGCUUGCCAAUUGUGAUAGACUAAGUUGGUCUGGUUUUUGACUUUCCUCUAUUUCUUCAUCAGAAUUUUCAUAUUCAUUGAAAUCAUCGUAGCAUUGUUGUUGAAUUUUCAGACUUGCUUCUGCUUGAUUUUGCUGCCUUGAUGGAAACAUGGAGUUCUUAACCCGCAUCUGUUGUCUGCUUACUAUCAUUAACAGCAGCCGACAAUACUUGCUUUUCUUCUACAAGCCACUUUUUGGCCUUUUCCGUGUUGUCAAGGAAGCGAAACUUGUAAUGUCGAUCACCUACAGUUAUGAGGACAUAAUUCGUAUCAUUCUUUAUAUUAAGAUUGUCGAGUGAACUCGAAAAAAUCAUUGUCGGAAGGCGUUACGCAAUUCUGUUUUAGUAUAGUCAUUGCCAGACUUAGACAAUUAUCAAUCAAGGGCGACCACCACAUGAGGAGUAACGUCACCCAAUGUUGACUGCUCAGAACUAGUGUCUGCACAAAGUGUUAACACACGUAUUCAUUGUUUCACUAUUCUUGGCUUUAGGCCUUUAGCCCUGUUCUUACUGUUGUCCUACUUGUUGAACUUGUUAUUGAAGUUGCAUAUUACAUAGUACAGUAUUUAACACCAAGCAAGACAAUGAAGACAUUAGCCGAAUUCAUAUUAGAAGACGGAUUUCCGUCUAAGACGGGAAACUCGUCUUGAUAUAAAUUCGGUUAACGACGGGUUUUCCGUCUCAACUUUUCCGUCUAACUUUCCCGUCUGAACGACGGGAAAGUUAGACGAGUUUCUCGUUUUAGACGGAAAUCCGUCUUAAAUUUAUAUCAGACGAAUAAAUCAAGACGGGUUUCUGCUCGUAACGUUCAAUAGAGACUGGGAUGGAGGGUCUCCUAUUUUUUCGGGUUUAUCCGUCCGAUGGUUUUCGUUUCAUACUUAUAGCAGACGGAAAUCCGUCACACGAGUUUCCCGUCUUAGACGGAAAUCCGUCUUCUAAUAUGAAUUCAGCUAUUAUGAUUGAUUCCUUUGCCUUUCUCCCUCUAACACCUUUUAACAACUUCGUUCGUAAGACAGGGCUUGUGGAAACGUGAUAAGUGGAAUGGGAAUACUAAUCAAGAACUUGAUCUGUGAACCGAUGAAAAUAUAGAAGUAUCACAAGCUACACCAAAGAUGUAACCCCUGCUAAAAGCAUGUUACAGUUAAACACCGUCAGUAAUCGCAGAGUAUCAUACUAGGACAUGACUUUUGUAAAACUUAUUGGUAAAUGUGUUGGUAUGACUUUAACCUGUAUGGAUGCAUACCAUAUUGUUUUAAUGUUUCAUAACUUGUUUUGGUUUCAUUUCCAGGAAAAGCAAGAAGGCUAGAAAAAAGAUUGAAAAAGGAAGUGACGUGUUGGAUAAGUCAAGCAAACGUGAUGGGUCAUCUGACAGUCAAUCAAGAAGAAAAAGAUCACGACUAACCAACAGUGAAAAUGACGACAGCUUUUUACCACGUAUGGAUAUUAGAAUAGCCAUUCCACAGGAACUACAACAUUGGCUUGUUGAUGACUGGGAUUUAAUAACAAGACAAAAACAACUGGUUCCUCUGCCAAGGAAAAAGACAGUACAUAAUAUCUUACAGGAUUAUGUUCAAUCUGUUGUCGAUAACCCUAAUGGUGUUCGUCCUGGUGUAGCAGCAGAAAUGACUCAGGGGAUAAAAGAAUAUUUUAAUGUUAUGCUUGGUACACAACUUCUAUACAAAUUUGAACGGCCACAAUAUGGUGAUCUUUUGAAUGACAUGCCAAGCAAAUCUAUGUGUGAAAUAUAUGGAGUGGAACACUUGCUACGGUUAUUUAUUCGACUAGGUAGUGCCCUGUCCUACUCAAACUUUGAUGAGAAAAGCAUGCAGUUUGUUGUUUCGUGUAUUCAAGAUUUCUUGAACUAUCUCAGUCGAGAAGCUGACGUGUUAUUUAGUCCAGAUUAUGUAAAUGCCACUCCUGAAUACCAUAGAAGAGCCACCACCUAA